ACGGUACGUUCGUUCGUCGCGCCGCCGCGGCUGUCUGUGGCUCGCGCCCGCCGCGCGCCUUUUCUUGUCUUUCUUGUAUUUGCCAUUGCCAGUCUGUCUUCGCUAAUCGCUUGUCGUGUAUUGUUCCAUCCAAUAUUAUUUUAUUAAAAUUGUUCUGAACGAUAAUUUAAGUACCCUAGGUUACCAUGAGAUACAGUUGGACUCUCAUAAAUCGCCUCGUGGUACAAAUUACAGCUGAAUAGUUCAAAAUGUAAAGACUUUUGGAUCUCCAGUGGAGGGUGAAUGAGAUAAAUCUUUCGGUGUGUCGAUCUUCUCGGUUUCUGAGUUGGAAGAUAGUUGGGUCGUUGGUUAGUUUCGUAAAUAAAGUAGAACUAUGCAACAAUGUGGCUUUUGCUCGUUGUUGUCGCAGUUACUGCGACGAGCAAUGUGUGUCGGGAGCCGACGAGGUAGCAGUGAAUCCUACUACAGGGAACUUGGCGACCAGGAUACAUUGAAAAUUGAAGACAGGUCAUCAGAAUUGUCCGAUGAACAAGAGGAAAUAAAUCAAGAAAAUCGGCAACCUGCACCGUCGACUUUGGAUUUACGAGCGGAACUCAGUAAUAUGACAAAGAAAAAUCUCUGUACUGGUCGUUUCCUGACCAUGCACAAAAGGCGUAAAAAGAGGCUAAUGACGAGGUCGCUGUGCCAGGAGGUUGCCCUGUUAGACGACCUACACCCCGGACAAGUCCAGUGCAUCCUGGAACAAUCAGUCCUGUGGAAGUUCAAUGCAUUUACAUUAGAAAACGUCUCAGGCGGACGCUGCCUACCGGUGCUGUGUGUUCACCUGUUCCAUAUCUACGGACUAAUAUCGUAUUUCAAUCUCGAUGCUGCAAAGGCAUGGAAACUAUUCAGCCUCAUUGAAGAAGGUUAUCACAGCACAAAUCCUUACCACAAUUCAGUACAUGCGGCUGACGUCACACAAGCCAUGCAUUGCUUCUUGCAACAGAAACAGAUCCGGGAUUAUCUGGAACCGUUGGAGGUGAUGGCCUCUUUGCUAGCAGCAAUAGCCCACGACAUGGACCACCCUGGCGUCAACCAGCCCUUCCUCAUUGCUACUUCCAACCAUCUCGCCGCUUUGUACAGGAACACAUCGGUUCUCGAGAACCACCACUGGCGCUCAGCUAUCAGCUGCCUCAUCGAGAGCGGCUUGCUGGACCAGAUGCAAGGCAUGCAGGAGAAGUUGGAGAGCCAGAUCAGCUCGCUGAUACUUGCCACCGACAUCACCAGGCAGCAGGAAUACCUCAGCCAAUUCAAGGGGCACCUCGACACCAAUACCCUUGACAUGACGAAGAGGGAGCAUCGACACUUGAUCCUGCAGAUAGCCCUCAAGUGCGCCGACAUAUCAAAUCCUUGCCGCCCUUGGGAGAUCAGCCGGAAGUGGAGCCUCAAGGUGUGUGAAGAGUUCUUCAGGCAAGGCGACUACGAGAGACGGCUGAACUUACCGGUCACCGCCCUCUGCGACCGACACACCACCUCGAUACCGAAGAUUCAAACAGGAUUCUUCAAAUUCGUCGUCACGCCCCUCAUAACAGAAUGGCACAGAUUUCUUCAAAACGAUUUAUCGGCACAGAUGCUUGAAAAUCUACUGUACAACCAGAGUAAAUGGGAAACGUUGGUGGCACAAGAAAUUGCUGAAGAAACAAGAACAGAGAUAUCAGACGCGGACAUGGUCGAUGACGAUCUAGAGACGUGCUCCGGGACUAACAUCUCCGGCAGUUCCGAGUUGCUCUUGCCACUGCGCAGGAGUUCGUUGAACCCUACCAAACAAGGAGGACUGAAGGAACAACUGAGACGGUUCUCAGUACCACUGAAUGUGUUCCAGGACUCUAAGUACAAGAGCAGGGAUAAGAGCGUGACGUCGUCCCUGGCGGAGUCGCGCCGCGGUAACGGCAGCCUGGCGGGCAGCGAGCACUCCAUCCACUCGCAGCUGAGCGUGCGUGGACACUGCGAGCACGGGCACGCCGCCGCAGAGAAGGUGCUCAGCACUGAGAAACUGUUACCCGACUCUUCGAUAGCCUCCAUCACGACCCCGGUCCAGGCCACGAGGCUCAACACAGUGUUGAAAGAAGGCGGAACAUGGAAAUUGAUUCGUCAACAAACCUUCCCACCGUUGGAAACGAUUGCCCGUGCACACGCACUCGCCGCUCGCCCCUUGCACACGAGCAAUGAGGACGCCAUAUACCCGUCCCGAUAUUCCAAGACUGACAUUGGAAAGUUCGAGAAGAAAGAGGGCAAAUUUAGCAAUAUAUUCAAGAGAAAUGAUACUGAUAAGACUGAUAACGAUGACGCUUCUGAAAAUAAUAAUGUAGAUGUAACUGAGUGUUCACAUAAUUUAGAGAAAGAGAAUCUUGAUCCGUUGAUAAGGGGCUCGGGGGGGCCUCGGCGCGAAUCGCCUGGGUUAGGAAGUCAGCUUAGAGACAACUUGACUUCAGUACAGCUUGGAAUAAUCUCUUCGGAUCAGCUUCUUCGCCGUAGGAAAUCGAUGCCCACCGACACUGUCGCAUACACGCCAAAAGAAAAGAAGAUGCGUGAAAUGACAGCGGCCAUUCCACAAUUAUUGCGGCGUACGCUGUCGGGGAAAGAAUGUUGGUCUCGGCGUAGGGGCUCUGCCCCGGCGCCGGUUGCUCCGUCGGAGUUCCGCGGGCUGGCAGCACUGGGCGCGCUGCGGCACAGCGUCAACGGCGGCCGCAGGAAACCGAACCCCAUAGUAACCUGCCAGCAGUGGCUCGCGAAGGCCACCUACAGCGUGCAAGAGAGGACGCUGCAACAACUCCCGCGCAGAAGCUCACUCCCCGUUGAGGUGAUGACAGGUGUUUCAUCCUACUGAAGCGAUGAAGUCGUCAGAAUCUAAAUGAAUAAACAAACAACUGUGGGAGGCUAAAAUGCUCAAAUGAUAUCGCUAUAGACGGUACACAUAGUACAGCCAAUGUUCAGGCUUUCUUACGCUUAUAUUCACUCAUUUUCUGAACAUUACAACGGCUCUGAGAUAUGAACAACACAAUUGAUAAGUAAUCAAUGCAAGGAUAUUCGCGAGUUCAAAAUUAUAAGUUUUCGUCUAGUAAAUAUUCGCAAGAACAUGUUGUUCAUAUUUUUGGACAAAAAAUCACAAUAAAAUGUUUUGGUGUUCUGUUUGUAUUCGUUGGCUAUUUGUGAUAUUCAUUAAUUAAGUUUUAUCACCAAAAGCCGAAAUAUCGCUCAAAGUCCAUUUUAUUGGGUAAUCUUUGUGUUGUCUAAUAUGUUGCCAGGUUAUUUGAGACAUUGAGAAUGUUGAAUUCUUUGGAGAUAUAUUUAUUAUGUAUAUGUUUGGUCACAUUUACACAAAUAAAUUAUCUGGCUACAUUACGAUUGGACAACUCAUUAGGUUUCUUUUACACCUAAGUACAAAUUACUUCUACGAGUUUGAUGAAUUAUAUCUUAUUUUUUUAUUGAUGUGUUGUUGGUUAAGGAGUCUAGAUUUGCCAUAUUGUCUCAUAAAAAAUCUUUCACAGUCUAGGGUUAUAAAAUUAGAAUUAAAAUUACUUUUUUUAUUUAUAACAAAUUAUUUCCACGUUAUGUUAUACCAAAUACAAAAAAAAUGUGCAAUUUGCUUGAAAAAAUCCCAUGAACAUAAAAGUUCACAAUAAAGGAUUAGAGUCUCAUAAUCAGUAACUUUUGGUAUUUGAAAGUUAAAUAGUCAUAGUUUUAAGUACUUAUUGGAAUUAGAUAAAAUUUAAGUAGUCGCUCUUUUUGAGCGAACGGUUAAGUAUUGAGUUCGAUUAUUAUUUAUCUUGUAAGACUAAUUCAGUAUUAAACGUGUGAAACACAAAUUGAUGCCCCAAUUCUAAAGAAAAAAACAGUUUGUCUUACGCUGCUCCUUACAUCAUGCAGUGAGCAGCUUUAUUGAUUCCUUUUUUCAUUUAAUCAACUUGGCUGUAGCUAAAUUUUGUCUUCAUUAGAACAAUAAAUAGUGGUCACAAAGCAGGGAGAAUUGUUCUUAUCCGUAGUCACAAAACUAUCACAAUACGUUAAGUUUAUACAAUAGUAGUAGUUUUAUUAGAAUGUACUGUUUCGACAUAGAUUUGUUUGUGACCACUAUAGUACUCGUAUAUGUAUAGUACAUAGACGACAAUUGACGAUUUAAACAUAUGAAAGUGUAUAAUGAUGACCGUGGAUUAAUAUUUUUCAAUUUCUAUUACGUGUAUUAAAUUAGAGGGAUGUUGACAUUUUAUCACAAUGUUUUAUUAACGUUCACGAAUAAAAUGCUAAAAUAUGUAAUUGGCAGUGGCAUCGUGGAGACAGUUACUGGGCUAUAGAUAAAUCAAGUUUUUAAAUGUAUACUAAAGUGAAUAGUUAGAAACCUUCUGUGUGAGCAAUGUUGACCUCGCCAAAACAAUGUUGAUGGUGGGAUGACGAAGAAAAAUAAAUAUUUUAUUACAAUGUUAUUGGAAAAUUUAAAAUUUCUGUUAGAAUGUUGUAACUGUUUUAUGUGGUAGUUUUUCGAUUACCCAUAUUUCCCAGUUGUAUACUAUAAACUUUCAGAAACCAUUCAGAGCGGAACUAAUAACUUAUGUCCAUCUAUACAGAUAAUAAACUAUUUUUUCACUCUGUGUAACUCUUCGCGGAUUAUGCUAGUAAUUAGGUGUAGUGGUUAAUAGUUGUACCACUACUUAAUUAAAUAAAUGUUCAGAUUGUAGAACUGUACCUCCAUGAACCGAUAGAUGUUACAUCCUAUAAUAUACGUACAUGUUAUUAGCAGAAUCUGUACAACUUGACUAACCAGGCCGCUAUGAGUUUGAUACUUCCUAGCCACGCCAGGACAGGCAAUGCUACGACCACUUGGCACACAAACAACGAUAAUAUUAUGUCGGUACCAUCAGUACUCCUGAAAAUUCUGUAUAGUUGACCAAAUUGGCGUGGCUGGAAAGCAUACUUCCUAGCCCACGCUACCUGGCAAACGACGAUAAAAGGCGUAAUAAUUACGUUUUCUCAUUGAAUCUAAAUUGUUAAAAAAUAUAUCUUUAAUAUAAAUAAUUUAAUACACAUAAAGAUUAAAAAGCAUAAAAACACUUAAAAAUUUAAAUGCAUAACAGCAAUCAUAAUUGGAAUUGAUAGAAUUCGGGUCUGGCACUCGCUGGCCGCUCCCGCGGCACGGUCGCUUCGUGGGCUGUUGUUAUCAGCAUACUAACUUAACCAAUUUGGUAACGAAACUAACCUAAUCCAAAUCUAAAAUAAUCAAUACAUCGUCUUGUUCAUAAUAACUUUAGGUACUUAUCUCAUCCAAGUUGUGUUUUUAAAAUUAUGAGUUUGAAUAAUAAAUGGAUGUUCAUAAUUAUGGCAAGUAAUGGUAUACUUUUCCAUUUAUACUUUCUAAUCAGUAUGUGAAUUAACGCGCCAAGUCUAUUAUGGUUUUUAAAAAUAGGUGGUUUAAUUGUAUGAAAGAUAAGGAACUCCCUUUCUCUGGCAGUCGCAUGUUUUUUUUCAUCGAUUCUAUCGAUAUACAUUUUCGAGACUACUGUUUGAAACUGACUUGUUGAAAUUGUUGUUUUGCACUAUUUCAAAUAAUAAAUUAGAAAAAUAAAUUUGUAAUAGUGGCGUGGUCAGGAAGCAUCACAUUCCCGUGGCCAGUAGGGCCUUUCACUCCAGAAAUUGUCACUGUUAGUUGUUCAUUUCUUGGUCUAAGCUAUUUAGUAGGUAAGAUCUUAGAUUGUAAAGUAUGGUCAUAAUCAAUCUUGAAUCUGUCUUGACUGCCAUAACUGUCGCUAAAUUUGUAUAGCUUUUUGAUUUAUGUGCGUUUUUUUUUCAUUGGUAUAAAAUAUGUUUGUUUUGUAAUUUAAUGUGUUUUGUUGCCAUUCCCUUAUCAUUUUAGGGACAUAAAUAGGUUGCUAUUUACAAACUUGUUAAAUAUGUCCGACUAUUAAUAUUACGAUGGUAAAUAAUUUGUAAAUACUUUAUAAGCUACUUUAUCACAUACCAAUUAAAAAGUAGGGAACCAUUGUGCUCAAAAACUUGACUUAGUAUUUUAUUAUCCAUUGAUUGUCAUCGAGUUUGCGUACAAUGAAAAUUUCAUUAUAAUUUUUAAUAUGCGUCCAACAAACGAUUUUACACAUCAUAUUUCAGUGAUUGUUAUAAUAUUUUUUACCGGCUGAUUCGAUUUUUUGCUUUAAAUAGUUACUUGAAUUACAUCUAACCAGUUUCAUCUAAAAUUGAGUAGGGUCGUUAACUGCAUCAGUAUCUUUUAAAAUAUAAUGUGCUGCUUGCUAGUAAGGUACCUAUUUACAUCUUUUAUUUUUUUUCAAUAAAAUCUAUACGAGCCUGUGAAACUCUUGUUGUGUUAGUCAUGUACUAUCGCCAACAUAAGUCCGUGAUAACCUUAAAGUAAGAAAUAAAGUAGACUUCAUUUUCACAAACGCAUACCAAAAUAACGAAAAGUAGGGUAAGAAUGAUAUAAAUAAUUUCACUGUUGCUCUAUAAUAAAGAAAAUGGAAUUAGUAGAUUUUAAAAGAUAUAGUUAUUAUUUGAAGACGCAUUUCAACCGAAUAAUCGAAACACAAUGCGUAAAAGCAUUGAUUUUCCUCAGAUGUCAUUAAGAAAACUACAAGUGAAUUUUGUUUUCAAAUCAGGUAUCAGGGCAUUUAUGUUGGCUUCCUGGCGAUAAUAAUCUUAUAUACUCGUGCUUGGUAAGAGCAGCAUAGGGGAGCAUACUAGUCCUGUUUAUUAUUAUUCAUUUGUAAUACAUAGUAAAAUCUAAUUUUAUGUUAGACAAGUUACAUUGACACUCAUUAUUAUUUGUCAAUUUGUUUCUACGCUUAUUUCAGUUAUUGGGAAUUUUGGUAAUUCUGUUUUUUAAACGUUCGUUCUAUAGUUCAACUUUCUACAAAUACAUCCAAUUUCAAUACCACAUUCAGUUAAUGCGCCCAAUUACCUUGAUUGUUUUAAAAACAUUGUAGAUGAGUAAGGCAUUAUAUUUUAAAAGGUGAUUUUAAGUUACUUUAUAAGACAUAGUUACUUUUUUUUAGAUUACUAGUAUUAUUACAAAAUUUGUUCAAACCUUUAUUAUUUGUUAGAAAAUACCACGAUCUAUUUUUAUCGAAUAUAUGUUGUGAUUCACAAUAAAACAGUAUUGUUACGAGCCAAUAAUUUAAUUCAAUGUAGUAACGAUUAUUUUACAAUUAAAUAUUAUUUUAUUAAGUCACGCAAGGCUCUAACAAAAGUUCCAAUUAUUUACAAAUUAGUGCAAUAUUGUUGUCGUACUUAAAAUUUCAUUUUAAAAAUAAAUGUUUUAUUCUAUUUGCUUAUUUUAUUUAUUUUUUAUCAGCUCACAUACACACCUAAGAGCUUUUAUCAUAAAAAAACUGACCAUCUGGAAUGCAGGCGUAUUAUUAUCUUCGAAUUUAUAUUUUUAUUAGUGAUAUUAAACCUAUUGUAAUGUUUGGGAAUAACUGUCCCGUUACGACUUAUAAUGUUUAAUUACAUUUAAAGACUGCGAUUUCUUUGAUAUUAAUAUUCAGGUAGUCUUGUGUUAAUGUAAGUUUUAGUAGUCCUAAACUUAUUGUACACAUUAUACUGCGUAGUCUUCUAGAUAUAACUUUAUAGCUGUAACAUGUAAUUUCUUGGUAUACCUAUCUAUUACAAAACUGUCAAGAAUUGGUGUUUGCUCCGUGUGUCUUACCCUUUUGAUUGUGAAUAAAGUCGUUUCCCUAAAGGUU